AUGACUGGGGGGGGAACUGCAGCGGAACACCUUCCAGUCACCAGCGACAAUAGCGUCGGCAUCAGCGUUAAGUUUGCCAGUCGCUCUUGGCCCUUGGAAUUGCGCUGGGUUGCGGCAACGCUGACAGUGUUGACCCGACGAAGUGACAGCAGCGAUGAGCUGAAGGAUGCUAUCAGCGGUCUAAGUUGGGCUUCGAUCAAAGGUCUAUUGAUAGCGUUCCGUAUCUUCUUGACUGGCAACGAAGAGAUCGAGGGCGCAAGAUUGACCGAGAAUCAGAAACGUUGA